AUGGCGAGCAUGAAGAUCUCUCUGCUGUUGGUGUCCCUGCUCCUGGCAGUGGUGCUAGGGGAGAAGGAAGAGGGUCACUCCAGACCCAACCCUAAGGUCAGCAGUCCUCAACCUCGAGGCCCAAGAUAUGCUGAGGGUACUUUCAUCAGUGACUACAGCAUUGCCAUGGACAAGAUCCGCCAACAAGACUUUGUGAACUGGCUACUGGCCCAGAAAGGGAAGAAGAAUGACUGGAAACACAACAUCACCCAGAGGGAGGCCCAGGCCCGAGAGCUGGCCAGUCAAUCUAACAGGAAAGAGGCAAAGGAGAAUCAGAGCUCCCCACCCAAGAACUCCAGAGAUGAAGAUUUGCUAAGGGAUUUGCUGAUUCAGGAGUUGCUAGGCUGGAUAGUAGAUCAGCUGGAGCUCUGCAGGCUCAGCCUGAGCUAA